AUGAAAGAGGAGGAAAAAACGGGUUGGGAUGGGCAAUGGAUCCACUGGAGAAAAAUUGGAUUGCGUGUGACGUUUUUGUUGGAUCCCAAUACUAUCAUGGACGACGCUACUUCUGCUGCUACUGCUAAUGUGUUGGAAGUCAACGAUGAAACUAUUUCUGUUGCCUCCGCAUUUCCUGGUCAUCAAGAAGCUGUACAGGAUAGAGACCACAAGUUCCUAACAAAAGCAGUUGAGGAAGCAUAUAAGGGGGUUGAAUGUGGCGAUGGAGGCCCAUUUGGUGCUGUUGUUGUUCGAAAUGAUGAAGUAGUUGUAAGCUGUCAUAACAUGGUUUUAAGAAACACUGAUCCAACUGCCCAUGCUGAGGUUACUGCUAUAAGAGAGGCUUGUCAAAAGCUGAACCAAAUUGAACUUGCUGACUGUGAAAUCUAUGCUUCUUGUGAGCCGUGUCCCAUGUGCUUUGGCGCAAUUCAUCUUUCAAGAAUUAAGAGAUUGGUUUAUGGAGCUAAAGCAGAAGCUGCAAUAGCAAUUGGAUUUGAUGAUUUUAUUGCUGAUGCACUGAGGGGCACUGGUUUUUAUCAGAAGGCUCAGUUAGAGAUAAAAAAAGCUGAUGGUAGCGGUGCUGUUAUUGCAGAACAAGUAUUUGAGAAGACAAAAGAGAAAUUUACUCUGUACUGA